AAACAGAUCAAACCAGCAAUAAGAAAUUUUCCCAAUAAUAAUAAGAUGGCGAUGGUUCCAUCGUUCUAGAUAGGUGAACCGCUUUUGUAGAGAGAGAAAGGGGAGAAAGCAAUCUAGAGAGAGAGAGAUAGAGAGAGAGCGAGCUCAAUCUCGAAUGAUGAAAGCUAGGGUUUCUCGACUCCUUCGACUGUCCUCUACGUCUAGGCACGUACGUAUAUAUUUGUUGUCUACAGUAUUGAACUGAUCCAGGGCUGGAGAGUGAGAGCACUCGAAUCAGAAGGGGCUGUAGUUGUGCCGAUUGGCUUCGGUUGAUGUUCAAAAUGGAGAUUGAUUCGCCUCCUGACGUCGAACACCUCUCGCCUCAGGAUCGUAUCGUUCAGGCGCUUUCUGUACAAGGUGUUCCCGAUGAGAAUCUGGAGAAGCUCCAGGCUGGUCUAGUUGCUUUUCUGAAAGAUAACAAGUUCCUUACACCUGAUAUGGUGUAUGCUAUCUUAGAUACUGAUGAUGAAGCGGUGGGGGCAAUGACCCCAACUCUUGCGGAUCAUUUCGAAGAAAGCAUGGUUUGGUUGCGGUGGCUGAUGUUUGAGGGUGAACCGGCUUCUGCAUUGAAGAAACUAGCCAAAAUGAGUGUUGGCCAGCGUGGUGUCUGUGGGGCUGUUUGGGGAAACAAUGAUAUAGCAUAUCGUUGCAGAACAUGUGAGCAUGACCCCACCUGUGCAAUUUGUGUUCCUUGUUUCAAGAAUGGAAACCACACUGACCAUGAUUAUUCAAUUAUAUAUACCGGUGGUGGUUGCUGCGAUUGUGGAGAUGUGACUGCUUGGAAACGUGAGGGUUUUUGUUCGAACCAUAAAGGUGCUGAACAGAUACAACCCCUUGCGGAGGAGUUCGCAAACUCUGUUGGACCUAUUCUUGAUUUGCUUUUGGACUGUUGGAAGAAUAAGCUGAAGAUAGCAGAAACACUGUCUCAACAAAGUUCUGGUGUAGAGGAUCGCAUUGCAGAGUUCAGAAAGGUUGCAGAUGGUUUUACGGCUGCUGUGGUGCAGAUGCUUUUGGAGUUUUGCAAUUGCAGUGAAAGUUUGUUAAGUUUUAUUUCUGGGAGGAUAUUGUCUUCGCUUGGUUUACUUGAUAUCCUGGUGAGGGCAGAGAAGUUCUUGGGCAAGGAUUUCCCGAGGAAGCUCCAUGAGUUACUUUUGAAAUUGUUGGCUGAACCUCGGUUCAAAUAUGACUUUGCAACGGCCUUUCUUAACUAUUAUCCAACUGUUGUUGGUGAAGCUGUAAAAGAGUGUAACGAUGAUAUUUUUAAAAAGUAUCAGCUGCUGUCCACGUUCUCUGUGCAAAUUUUUACUGUGCCGACUCUAACCCCACGCCUGGUGAAAGAAAAGAAUCUUCUGGUCUUAUUGUUGGAAUGUCUGGACAACAUUUUCGUUGCUUGUGCCGGAGAUGAUGGACGGUUACAGGUUACUAAGUGGGGUAAUUUGUAUGAAACAACUCUUCGUGUGGUUGAAGAUAUUCGAUUUGUCAUGAGCCAUGCGAUAGUACCUAAGUAUGUGACCCAUGAUCGGCAAGAUAUCUUAAGGAUGUGGAUGAGACUAUUGGCUUUUGUGCAAGGGAUGAACCCUCAAAAGAGAGAAACAGGCAUCCAUAUUGAAGAAGAUAAUGAGAAUAUGCAUUUGCCCUUUGUUUUAGGUCACUCUAUUGCGAAUAUCCAUUCUCUCUUAGUAGCAGGGGCCUUUUCUGUUUCCAGUACUGGGGUGACAGAUGAUGAAAUUCUUUCCACCACAUAUGAAGAAGAUUGUGAGGAUCGAGAUAGCCCAAGACAUGCAAAGGUAGGAAGACUUUCGCAGGAAAGCUCUGUCUGUAGUGCAACAGUCAGGAGUGGCACAUUAGGUUCUGCAUCCAAGGUUGCUGAAGCAAAAUCAGAUUUACUUGUACUUCAACCAUCUGUUGCAUCGUUAGUAUUUGAGUGCUUGAAGGCGAUUGAAAAUUGGUUAAGGGUGGAUAAUACUUCAGGAGCUCUUCUUAGCAUCUUAUCACCUAAAAUCGCCAACAUGUCAGGGAACAAUUUUUUUACAUUCAAGAAAACGCUAUCAAAGAUUAGGAAGGGAAAAUCAAUUUUUAGGUCAUAUAAUGCAACUUCAGCUGGCAGUAAACUUACGAGGUCAGGCGAAAUUCAAGGUAGAGACUUUUCUUUACUUGCUCACAGUGGAUUCCGUGUUGGUAUUGACAUAGAGAAUGGACAAGUCAUAGGACAGGAUGCUAGUGUGCCUGCUUCUGACGACAAUACAAUGGAGGUUGAAUAUGCUACUGAAUUAGAUGGUCUACGUUUUCUGACUCUGCCAGAUUGGCCAGAUGCAGCAUAUGAUGUCAGUUCGCAGGAGAUAUCUGUUCACAUCCCUUUACAUCGAUUGGUGUCAUUGGUUUUACAAAAAUCACUGAAAAGAUGUUAUGGUGAGUCCUCGUUGCCCGACACCAUCAGUGUCAGUCCUGCUGAUUCAUCGUCUGCUGUAUACCAGGAUUUCUUUGGACAUGUCCUCGGUGGGUGCCACCCAUAUGGGUUCUCUGGUUUUGCUAUGGAGCACCCUUUGCGGAUUAGAGUAUUCUGUGCUCAGGUUCGUGCUGGAAUGUGGAGGAAGAAUGGGGAUGCUGCCAUUUUAUCUUGGGAGUGGUACCGUUCUGUUCGCUGGUCUGAGCAAGGUUUAGAGCUGGAUCUACUGCUGCUGCAGUGCUGUGCUGCUUUAGCUCCAGCGGACCUUUAUGUCAGUCGAAUUCUAGAGCGUUUUGGGUUGUCAAGUUACCUCUCUCUGAAUCCUGAACGGUCCAGCGAGUAUGAACCAGUUCUGGUGCACGAAAUGCUCACUCUUAUCAUACAGAUAGUAAAAGAAAGGCGGUUUUGUGGACUAUCUACGGCUGAGUGUCUGGAACGAGAGUUAGUUUAUAAGCUAGCUAUAGGAGAUGCCACUCACAGUCAAUUGGUGAAAUCACUGCCUCGUGAUCUUAACAAAAUGAAGCAGCUUCAGAAAAUUUUGGAUACAGUAGCAUCAUAUUCCAGUCCAUCUGGCAUGAAUCAGGGUAUGUAUAAACUGCGUUUGCAAUAUUGGAAAGAACUGGAUUUGUAUCAUCCUCGCUGGAACUCAAGGGACUUGCAAGUUGCAGAAGAAAGGUACUUGCGCUACUGUGGGGCUUCUGCAUUGAACACUCAGCUUCCCAAAUGGUCAAAGAUUUUUAGUCCUCUCAGUGGAGUUGCCAGAGUGGCCACUUGUAAAAUGGUCAUCCAAAUUGUUCGUGCUGUAUUAUUUUAUGCUGUUUACCCUGAUAAAGCAACCGCAUCGCGUGCGCCGGAUGUAGUUCUGCUAACGGCCUUGCAUUUACUCUCAUUCGCAUUGGACAUCUGUUGUUGGCAGAGGGAAUCUGGUGAUCGAUUGUGUUGCACAGGCGAUUCAAUUCCCAUUUUAGCUUUUGCUGAUGAGGGAGUAUGUACUAGAUCAGGUGAUCAGAGCUUGUUAUCGCUGCUUGUGUCAUUGAUGAGGAUGCAUAGGAAGGACAAACCAGACAAUCUUCUGGAAGCUGGUGGUUUCAACCUUUCGUCUUUGGUUGGAAGUUUAUUGAAAAAGUUUGCUGAGCUUGAUUCUGGAUGUAAUUCUAAACUCCAGAGGCUUGCGCCUGAAGUGGUCAAUCAUCUGUCACAUUCUGGUCCAAACGGUGGUAUUGGUUUUGGUGGUUCAACUUCUGAAGGUGAUAAGCGCAAGGCCAAAGCCCGAGAGAGACAAGCUGCCAUAUUGGAAAAAAUGCGGGCCCAACAAUCCAAAUUUUUAGCAAGCAUUAAUUCUUCCACAAGUGACGGGUUGGAUGGUUCAAAAAUUGGAGAAGCAGAAUGCCCCUCCGAAAUCAGAAUAGGUCCGGGAGAGUCCACACAAGAUGUCUGCUCUCUUUGUCAUGAUCCAAAUUCUAAAAAUCCUCUAUCUUUUUUAAUUCUUCUCCAGAAAUCCAGGCUUCUGAGCCUCGUUGACAGAGGUCCUCGAUCAUGGGAUCAAGAUGGCCAAUCAGACAAGGAGCACAUGGCGAUCCAUUCCAACAAGAUGGGUGUUCCAUCUGGUACGAACCCUGCCACUAGCAGUUCUGGACUGAUUUCAUCUUCGCAGAUGAAUGAAUUUAUUCAAGAUGUGGUAAAUGAGUUUGCUUCUGGUGGACAACCUAGGGAAGUCAAUGCCUUUCUUGAAUUCAUCAAGGCUAGAUUCCCUUCAGUUAGGAAUAUCCAACUGCCAUGCAUAUCAAAUAAUUCAAGGGAAAGGACAGAAUUUUCGCUUGAGACCUUAGAAGAAAAUAUGUACUUACCUAUUCGUCAGCAAAUGCAUGAUAAUUUAUUUCAUCCGAAUUUCGUAGAGGAUGAUCAGAGAUCACCAAUAGUUGAACAAUGGAGAAGACCUGAAUCGCUUUUGCUCGGAAAAUAUAUUGCUUGUCUUUCAAAACAGACUAUGGAGAACCCUUCACCUUCAGAAAAUUCUCAUUCUCAAAAUGCAGCGCCAUCCGAAUCUUCUAUGCCUGUUUCAUCAUACGAUGGCUUUGGUCCAGUAGAUUGUGAUGGAAUCUAUGUUUCUUCCUGUGGGCAUGCAGUGCAUCAAGCUUGUCUUGACCGUUACUUAUCAUCGCUGAAGGAAAGGUAUCUUAGGAGAAUUGUUUUUGAAGGGGGACAAAUUGUGGAUCCAGAUCAGGGAGAGUUCCUCUGUCCUGUUUGUCGUGGACUUGCCAACUCAAUCUUGCCUGCAUUACCUGGAGAUGCGCCAAAGGUUUUUAGGCCGCCAAUGGUGUCCACAGUCAAUUGGUCAGAUGCUACUGGCCAUUCAACCUCAGCAACCAGAGAAACUGAUUUUCGUCUUAGAGAAGCCUUUUCACUUUUGCGUAGUGCAGCUGAUGUUGCUGGGAGGGGUGAAAUCCUAAAAGAUGUUCCAGUGCAUCGAAAUGGGAGGAUAAGACCAAAUCUGGAGUCCAUGUUUCGUGUACUAUCCGGAAUGUAUUUCCCCGGCAAACAGGAUAGGAUAUCAGGAUCUGCAAGGGUAAACCACUCGAUGAUUAUGUGGGACACUCUUAAGUACUCUCUUUUAUCUACAGAAAUUGCUGCUCGUUGUGGAAGGACUUCUUUGACUCCUAAUUAUGGCCUUAAUGGCUUAUAUAAGGAACUCAAUUCUUCAAGUGGUUUUAUAUUAUCCUUGUUGCUAAAAAUUGUGCAAAGCACAAGGUCAAAAAACAGUCUUACUGUUUUUCUAAGGUUGAGGGGUAUUCAGCUCUUUGCGGAGUCGGUCUGCUCUGGAGUUUCAUUGGAUGAAUUUCCGAGCGAGAUAUACGGACAAGGAGGCAGCAUGUUAUCCAUCUUGAAGAAUGUGGAAACAGAGGUGCCAUAUCCGGACAUCCAGUUUUGGAGACGGGCUUCCUAUCCUGUUCUCUCUAGUGAUGCUUUUUCAACAUUGAUGUGGGUACUUUUUUGCCUACCAUCCCAAUUUCUGUCUUGUGAAGAGUCCUUCCUAUCUCUUGUGCAUCUCUUCUAUGCUGUCUCCGUAGCCCAGGCUAUAAUCACAUAUUGCGGAAAGUCUAAAUGCAGUACAACUGAAUUAGGAUGCCAUGACGGUCUGGUCUGUGACAUAUUCAAGAUUGUGGGAGACCAUCCGGUUGCUCAACAUUAUUUUGUUUCAAACUAUAUUGAUGUUUCUUAUGAUGUCAAGGAUAUUAUUCGCCGCUUGAGCUUUCCUUAUUUGCGAAGAUGUGCGUUGUUGUGGAAAGUAAUGAGCUCAUCCACCUCUGCACCAUUUGGUGAUUGGGCUCAAGUCUACGAUGUUGAUGAUAUGAUCGAAUAUGCCGAUGGCUUUAUGGUGGAACUUUUUGAAGUUGAAAAACUUGAGAAGAUGUUUAAGAUUCCCCCACUGGAUGUUGUUCUUAAUGAUGAAGUGCUACGUUCUUUAGUCUUGAGAUGGUCCCGUCAUUUUUUGGAGAGUGUAAUUGGUAAUCGUCAGCGGGUGUUGCACGUAAUCCCUGCAGUUCCUCUUAAGUUGAUGCAUUUGCCACAUCUUUACCAGGAUCUCUUACAGAGGUAUAUAAAGCAGAAUUGCCCGGAUUGUGGAGUUGGUCUGGAAGAUCCAGCAUUGUGCCUUGCCUGUGGUAAAUUGUGCUCUCCGUACUGGAAGAUAUGCUGCAGGGAAAGUGAGUGUCGGACUCAUGCAAUGGCCUGUGGUGCUGGUACUGGAGCAUUUUUGUUGAUUAAGAAAACCCUAAUCUUGCUUCAGAGAGCUGCUCGUCAAGCAACUUGGCCUUCUCCUUACUUGGACGCAUUUGGCGAAGAGGAUAUUGAAAUGCAUAGAGGAAAGCCACUGUAUUUGAAUGAGGAACGCUAUGCAGCCCUUAAUCACAUGGUGGCUUCUCAUGGCCUCGAUCGGAGUUCCAAGGUUCUUCGUCAAACAACCAUUGGUUCUUUAUUCAUGCUGUAGCUUGGAAGACAUUCUUACUGAAGAUCGGUAGUGUAGGAUUCCAAGUUGGAUGUAUGACGAUGAACGGGUCUCCUAAUGCCACCAAAGUAAUUCUCUAUGUUUCAUGUUUUCGGGCUUCAGCACAAGGAUCUUGGAGAGAAUUUUGCAACGUACAGAUCAUUCAGGUUCUUGUUUUGGCAGAUACUCUGGAGUUCCUUUCAAUGAAUUGGAAACUUGUUUUAAACAUCAGAACGGUGGAUUUGUCUGCGCGCAACGCAACUCCGCUUUUUGUCCAUGAUGUAUGUAAAGCUUCUUAAUGUGUAGCGUACAAAGGAAAAAGAAAGUUUCCGUUUGGCUGAAUUUGUAAAUACAGUACUAACUCUUAUUUGAUGAUUUUAAUUUAAUGUGCAUUAUCUAUUCUAAA